AUGUCUGGGGUAUUCCGAACCCUCUGGUUAUUCUUUCUUGGUUUCCUCCGCACGAUCGCGGAGAUAUUAUUAUUUCUCCCACGAUAUGUACUUUUGGAGCGUCAUGAUCAUUUCAGUGCGUUUUGGGGCACUCGGGCGACGCCGGUGUUAUUUGUGGCCGCCACGCCGUGGAGUGAGGCCGUUGUGCGGCGUAUAGAGGCAUUGAGCUCCGCAAAGAAUGCCACCGCCACUAUCAUCAUCACAUCACCUAUGAAAACAACAAAAACAACAAUAACAGGAGGAGGAGUAGGAAGAGUAGAAAGGGAUAAAGUAUGUAUGGAUCCACCGGAAAUGGAGCCAUUGGAGACAAUGGCAUCGAAUUCAUCUAGUAUUUGUACAACCCCAAACUUUCGAUAUAGGGUUCCAGAGCCUGAGGAGGAUUGUUAUUGUUUAAAUAGUGAUAGUUGUAGCUAUGAUGAUGAUUAUGGUAGUAACUCAGGGGAUAUAGGGAGAGAAACUCAACACAUCUCCAUUAGGGAGAGAGCCGUUGUGGUGUUGUAUAGUCUCUUGAAAUUACUUCGUAGUCUUUUUUCAGUAUUUGGGAGUAGACGACAAACGUCUUGUGAUGAGAUGGAAACAUUAGAAGUAUCCACAUGUGGAGUUGGGAAUUCAUCCAUGUUAAUGAUGGGAUAUUCUCACUUUCUACAAGGUGUCUUUGCAGAAGGAGUACCUUUUGUAGAUCAUUCUCUAUUAAAGAAUGUAUCUCUGGAGGAGUGGGAUUCACUAGACUCCUACACUUCUCAUGGGAAGAGAGAAAGAGAAUGGGAACAUCUACAUUAUUCUCAGUGGUAUAAAGGGAAGAGUGGGGUACUCUCUUGUUGGUUUCGAAAUAAUAUAAAUAAGGAACAAUUUAUAUGCGUUCCUUAUAAACCGCUGCUACGCAGAGAAGGUUCAUCCUAUUCUCUUUGGAGUAACAAGAAAACUUAUAAAAUAAAUAAUAAUAAUAAUAAUAAUAAUAAUAAUAAUAAUAAUAAUAAUAAUACUUAUUAUUAUAAUAAUGGUGGUGGUAUUACUGGUAGUAUGAGUGGAAAUGGGAAAAUAUAUUAUGGAAAAAAUAAUCAAAGAAAAGGUUUUAUUCCUCCUUUGUAUGCCGUACAUGCAAAGGCACAACUUCUUUUAUCUUUCCUUGAUCCACUCUGGCGUAUUAUUACAGAAAUGUUUACCUUUGCAGACAAUAGUGAUGAAAUCGAGUCUCACGUACAUCCUCCACGUAGUCUUAUGGAUAAUACAGAUGAGGAUCAAGAUAAUAAUAAGAAUAGUGGUGGUAAUAAUAAGAAGAAGAAAGAGAGUAUGUUUGCUGUACGUAAACAACAGAAAACGUUGGGUUUAUUGAGUCCAGAGUGUUGUUAUGCGUUUGGGAAAUACCGAGAGGAAGAUGAUAACUCUAUUCAUUCUCCACUGGAAGAGGUUUGUUUCUUUCCAGCUGAGGCAACCAAGGCGUUAUUAGGCUCUUUAUUCUCAAGUGAGCAACAUCAGGAAAAAGAAGAGACACAGGAUCAUGAAGGAAGUAAAUCCGAAGGUGAAAAGAAACAGGAACAAAUACCGUAUGUAUUAGCUACUAGUAAUAAUAAUAAUAAUAAUAAUAAUACUAAUAAUAAUAAUAAUAAUAAUACUAAUAAAUCUUUAAAAGAAACUCUGAAAGCAGAGAGUAGUGGCACAGAGGAACCCUCACACAUAUUUACAUGUGGACAUCGUGUAACGAGUGUACGUUGGCUGAAUGGAUCCGCCCCACCAGACGGACCAAACAUCAUCACACCUGUUGUUAUUUUAUUAUUAUGUCCAUCUAUUGUGCAGGGAGGUGAACAUGGAUAUGUGGCCAGGCGUAUGGGAGCUCUCUGUGCAUCUCUUACAAAGAUGGCGGAAUUAAGACGAGAAACUCAUAAAAUAGACACUUAUGGGAAUCUUCAUUUAAAUGCUAUGAGUUACAAUGAUCAUGGUAAUAGUAGUAUUAAUAAUAUGAGUCUCGAUAGUAGUAGGAGUAGGAGUAAUAGUAGUAAUAAUAAUAAUAGUGAAGAAGGUGAUAGCCCUGAUGUUAAUAAGAAUCAAACCCAUCAUCAUCAUCAUCAUCAUCAUUUCUUCUCUACAUCGUCUAUAAAUGAUGAAAUGAAUGAUGUACGGUUUGCCACUUGGCAUGCUGCUGUUCCUCUUGCUGAAGUCCUCUGCUGUUCAACCGAUACAUCUCUCUCCUCUAUAUCUACAUCUCAACGUGAACGUGUGCCCUUAACAGUGGAGGAUAUUGAUCACAUUACCCGUUAUUUGGGAAAACUACGGAGUGUGACUGUAGUGGAGUCUACUACGGAUCUAACAUCAACUGCCUCUACACCUCCUCCUGGAAAAUAUCGUACACAACAACGAAAACAACAACAACAACAACAGCAACAAGAAAAAGAAGAAAAAGAAAAAAAAGAAAAGGGAUUUCAUGAGGGAAAAACAAAAAGAACACUUCGUAGAAAAGUAUAUAUUGUUGGUGUGGGUUGGUCCAAUGCCAGUGGACCAUUACUGCAGUAUAUUAUGUCCUACGGGGCCCAAUCACGUAUGGAUGGGGUUGUUUGUAUGAAUCACACCUUCUCAUCUAAUUACACCCUUACACCUGAAAGUGAAUCCCACAGUAAUUAUAAUAAUACUAAUUAUAAUAAUAAUAAUAAUAAUAAUAAUAAUAAUAAUAAUAAUAAUAAUAAUAAACAGGGAAUUGACUAUGAAAAGGUUGUGGGUGUUCGAGCGUAUAAAAUGCCAUUUCAUAGAACUUUUCUUUCAGCUCCUGGUGGUGCCGUACGUCUUAUUUUACUUGCGGCUCGAUUACAAAUGGUAGCGAAUCAUCUUCGUCGUCGUCGACAUCGACGGCAAUGGCAACAACAACAACAACAACAACAACAACAUCAACAAAAACAAAAGGGAAAAAUUAUUUCAGAUGAAGAUAGUGAUAUGGCUCUUUGGCAGUAUAUAAGACAUCAAGUGAGUUCAACUGUUUCCUCUGUAGUGGAUGGAUCUUCGCAAGAAAUUCGCAAUCGCCUUCUCACCAAAGUACUGAAGGAAUCUUCUUCUUCUUCUUCACCGCCAGCAGCACCAGUAACCCCAACGUCUAUGGAAACACCAGUGGAAGCAUUAUUAGAUGCGGGGAAAUAUGUAGAGCGGGUAGUGAAUGAGUGGUGGUUAGAUGAAGUCCAACCAGAUAAUAACAAUAACACAAAUACUAAUAACAAUACUACUACUACUACUACUACUACUACUAAUAAUAAUAAUAAUAAUAAUAAUAAUAAUAAUAAUAAUAAUCCUGGUUACGACGAAACCAAUACAGUUCCUGAUAUAACGGUCUCUAGUGGUAGAUGGCAUCCUGUGAUGAGUGUAGCGGAUUGGGAUACACUUUUACAACGUGGAGAUGAAGUACCGGCCGCCACAUUAUUAGCAGCGAGUCUCUCACGAUUACAAGUCUCACCACCACCACCAUCUCCACAUACACCCAAUCUAUUAUUAUUAUCAUCAUCAUCCGCAGAAUCUCCACAGAUAUCCCAAUGGAAAAGAGAUGGGAAACGAAAACAUAAUAUAAUGCAUAAAGGCCCAAGUGAACAUAUUGAUCAUAAUUAUAUUGUCCCACAGGUAUCAUUAGAACGUCAACUUUCAUCACUAUUUGAUAUGGCACGCGGUAGAGUAGAAAGUGUCUCUUCUUCACAAACAACACAUCCCCAAGAGUCCAUUAACUGUGGAAACAAUAAACACAUCAACAACAACAACAACAAGAAGAAGAAGAAUGCCAAACGAGUUUUAGAGAAGCAAAGAUAUGGAGUAAAACGCCAUAAACAUUCUCAUAGAUAUAUCUCAGCAGAUCCUACAAUGAUGGCUCUUCGAGAAAACACCUCCAGUAGUGCACAUCUUAUUUCCCUUGUUCGUGUCCCAACGCUCUUUGUUCACGCAAAAGAUGAUGAGAUAGCGCCAUUGGGUUCUCUCCCAUUACGUGUGCUUACAACAAAUCCAAAGAUCUUUACUGUAAUUACUCGCCGUGGUGGAUAUGGUGUAUUUCUGGAGGGUCUCUCCACACUAUUCACAUUGCCACGACUCUCACUACAGGAGAGACCCCGGCGAAAAGAAAGUAACCGAUUGAAUACUCAUAAUAAUAAUAAUAAUAAUAAUAAUAAUAAUACUCAUAAUAAUAAUAAUAGCACAUAUAGGGAUGAUCGUUUCUCUGUAGAGAGUAAGAUAAGAAAACAACAACAACAAACGCAUUCAUGGUGGUCUAAUUGGAUGCAGCGUGAAAACAGUACGGAAACACAUCUCUCAAAAAACACCUCAUCUAAGAAAAAAGGUGAUAAAGAUUAUUUGGAAACUGUUUUUGUUAUUGAAGGUACAACGUGGAUGGAACGACUUCUUGUGGAGUUUAUUGCAAGCGCUAUUCUCACCCAAUCGCCUUGUUGUGAAAGAGCAGCAGCAGCAGCGGCAUCACCAGUACAACAACAACCAUCAUGUGUCUCUGUGAGUUCAUUGGAUUUGAAUUUAAAGUAG